UACGGUGGCUUUCGGAAGCGUCAACAUCCGGCAGACAGACAGGCAGGCAGCGUCAUCCAUCCCGUUUGGUGUGAAUCGCGCGGCUGCGAUUGUGACGUGCGUGCGUUUGAGUGCUUGAGCACGUUGUAAGGACCCGUAGCACCCUCGGUGACGGUGUACGACCGGAUGCUAAUGCACCGUGACGCGUGUUGAAGGUGCCCAGCAGUGUCACAAGCACGACGCGCACCUGCUGCAAAGGGACGGACUGACGAGCCACAAGUGGUUUGUGUUUCGCUGGUGUUAACGGUGCUCGAGCGCAUCCUUGGUGCAGUGUAGAGAACGGGCACCAGAAAGCAAAGUGUUGGUGUGUCUCUGUCUGUGCGAUCACGAGCCCUGAGCCACAGUGAAUGAACCAAGAUGCAUAGGUGCACGGUGGGAAGACUGUUGAUCUGGUUGGUGAUCGCGUUCAUCGCGGCGGCCCACGGUGCCAGCAACUAUCUCUACGACUCCGACGAACGCUACCCGCCAUCGGCCACGAACGUGCUGGAAGAUUCAGAAGCCGAGGAUGGAGCGGACCGUUUGAGCCUAGCGGAUGAUGGAUAUCUGGAAAGCUUUCUACAACCCGGCGCCUCGAAACGAUCAUCGCUCAUUCAAGUCUAUCGAAGGGGAUGCAUCCCGCGUGGGGGUAACUGUGACCAUCGGCUGAACGAUUGCUGCCACAAAAGCUCCUGCCGGUGCAACCUGUGGGGCUCCAAUUGUCGCUGUCAACGGAUGGGUCUGUUCCAGAAGUGGGGAUGAAGGAGUUUCAUCAGUAAACUGUCCUUUCUGUUUCUCGGUUAAUUGAGUUUUAUCCCUUUUCUUUUAAUUACGUGCCAACGCCACGCUUUCCUGUCGUGGCGGUUUGCUUUCUUGACACACUCUCUUCCCUUUUCCCAUCCCAUGAUCCCAUUUUUCAUCUCCCUUGCCCCUUCUCGAUGGGCACCACUACGAAUAAACGACUAAAUGGAACCGAAAAUCAGGACCACGCACUCGCACUUUGUAAACCAUGUAAAAACCUACCGAGGCGAGAAAAUGGAAUGCGAACCCCUUCCCUUUUUGAGCGGCCAAAAAGCUUGAAAGUGCGUCGGUGAAGCGCGCCAGGAACGUUGUGUACGGCCAAAGCAGGAACAAAAAGCCAAAAAAUGGAAACCAAAAAAAAAUCCAACAAACAAAACAAACAAACAACCAGACAAACAAACAAUUACUGGACCUAGCUGCUCUGAUGGUGAAUUAUGAGAUUUUUAUAUAACGAUCAAACUAUAUAAGAAAAGAAAAAAAAACAAAGAAACACAAACCCAGAAACCAAUGGACACUUCUUACCCCGUAUGCCGGUAUAUUUACACACGUAUCAUAUAAAACCCAUCCAAAUACAUCCCCCUAGUGCAUGCCCUGCGUACCAUACUCCCAAAAAAACACCCUUAAAAAAACACUCUCACAUCACAUUGUGGCGAAUGGCUCUUGUCUUGUAACGGUCAGGUCCUUGGAUGUUUGGUGGAGCGGCACUCGAAUAAAAAAAAUGAAGAAAACGAAAUGUGGCCACUACUAGGCGCAACUGGUUCAACUGUUGUAACGCUUUACGUUUAAACCCACCCUGCCCUGGUGGUGUGGCUCCUCAAUCCUCUCUGAUCUUCCUCUGAUCGGUGGAGACGGGUGAGACGACUGGUGCACGGUUCUACGGGGAGGGAGGGGAGCAGCGUACGAGAACGAAAAACAAAAAAACAUUAUCACAGCAUGAUUAUUCCCCCCUCCAUUAUUAACGAAGGUAGCUAUUAGGAUGCUAUUAGCAAAGCUAGCAAGCUGCAAACACUUAUCGGUGUAUUUCUUAAACAAAGUGUAGUUUUUAAGUAACCGCUGAACUAAGCUGAAGGCCAGAAUGCGGAUCCAGAAUCCAGCGCAACAGAGAGAGGGGCAGCGAGUGGGAAAGAGAGACGGAUACUACUCCUUCGUGGCACGGUUCGAGGCAGCUCGAGAGAUGUGGUGGGGAAGGGAGGAGGGAGAGACCUAGUGUUCUCUUCACUGUGUAUCAUAUUCCAUGUUUCUAAUUUAUUUUUCAAUUAAAAGAAAAUUGAUUUUAAAACAGCGACACACAACAACACGUCGUGAGAAAGGAUCAAAGCAACGGGAUGGAAAUUGUUUUUAUUUUUACAACAAAGAAGACUUGACCUUACCAGGAUCCUGUCUACUUUGAUUCCAUGUGCCAAUGCAAAUUCAUGUGAAUGCGUUGCGUUUAAAUUAAGUUCUGUAUUCCAUGUUGCGGUUUUAUUUAGAAUUUACUUCUGUUCCAUUUUGAUUUUGUUCAUCUGUUUUAGUAUCACCUUUUUAAAUCAUCGAAAGAUGAAACACAGUACAACUUUACCUUUUACACCAUUACUUUUUGGAGGCAAAUGGCGGCUUAAAGCUGAUAGGUGCCCAGCCGUACCCGGUGAGCUUUAGGGCGCUUUUGCUGACCCAGUGCUGAUGCUUCAGGUCCCGGUUUCAGGGUGAGCAUUCCAACAGCACACCUCCUCCUACCUACCGCACUCCUUCCUACUCCACACACUGCGGAGCACUCGAAAACGCACACGCGCGAGCAACAAUAACAACAAGAGCAAACUACAACCAACAGAACUAGAACAGCAUGUACAGCAAACUGCUUGGAAAGUCGCAACAAGUUACACGAAAUACAAAGGACACGCACGCGCACGGGAAAAAGGGAUCCUCUGGAAGCCACGUCACGUCGCCGGAAUGUGGCCUGUGGUGUGGGAGUGAGACUCACGAGCGACGGGUUUUGUUUUUGGUAUCCACCACCGUGCGUGCUUUUGCCGCCAAUCAUCUAACAACCGACAUGGCCCGUCCGCCAGAUGCACCGAGGGUUGUGAACCGUUUCCCAGCCUUUUAAACGACACACCAAACUCACUAUCCACGGUGCGUCCCCGGAUGCUGCAACUGUACCACGGUGAGGGACGGGACCGGAAUGUUCGCUUCUUGGGCGAGAUCCGCUGCUGGCUUCUCGAGAGUCCCUUUUCGUCCACACAAUAAUGAUGCCCGAUAACGCGGGCGGAGAACGGUUUUUUUGUAUUGGCUACUCGUACUUUCCACGAGCCAGCUCUACUAGUGUCUAUGUUACCGUAAUACCGAACACUAUCACUACGCAGUCCUCGGCAAUCCUUACGCGAGACCUUAUCGUAUUACGUUAACCCCAAACGUGUCAGCACAAUGGGCGCGGCUUAGAGAUCACCAGGGACAACUGUAUCGAGUGUACUGAUAAAGGGAGGAUGUUGUUUUUGGUUCCAAUUUUAUGCCCGAACCCCGAAUAUAUGACCGAGGGGAGGGCAAUUGGCCUGGAUGGGCGGCGGCAAGGCGUACGGACAUUUGUUAGGGAGAAACAGGAGUAUAAAUAAAAGUAAUAUAUACAUAAAGAGUAAAACAAAAAAAAAUGAUACACAACCAACAAAAAUGAAAAGCUCUACUGUAAAGUGUGGCGGAUGUUGAGGAAACCAAAAAAAUUAAACACAGACACACAAACAAAAUAAAAUACUAUACAAACCAAUGAAUGCAAAGUUAAUCGAGUCGUCACA